AGAAAUAAUAAUAUUGAAAACUGGAUUUGUCACAUUAAUUGUCACUCCAGUUCAGAUUAUAUUUCUCUCUGUUUGCAACUGCCUAUAUUGUCAUUGUCAUGGCUUCUCUUGUUGAGAAGGAAGCAAUCCCACAAGAGGAACAUAAUGGUAAGCAAGAGACAGAGGAUGGUAAGGGAUCCGAUGAUGAAGAUGCUCCUCCUACUUCUUCCUCGUCUACUGGAGCCAAGAAAAAAAGAAAGAGAAAGAAGAAGACAGGGACACCAGCAACUACUGAUACUACAGCACCUGCUGAUGCUCCUGUUAAUGGUAUCACUGAGACUCAAGAUGACGCUACCACAUCUACUGUAGAAGCUUCUCCUCCUCUUGAAGAUACAGUGACUGAUAAAGAUGGUGAGUCUACUCCUUCAGCUUCUGGUGAAGCAAAGAAGAGGAAGAGAAAGAAAAAGACAGCAGCUGCUUCUUCUAAUGAUGCUGGGGCACCUGUUACUAAUCCUACCAACAUGCUCCUGUUGUAUGAUGGAUCUUAUCGUGAGCCAACUGCACCUGCUCCUCGUAAGAAGCAGACCAAUCCUCCCUCCAUUUCUAUAUCAGAGCUUUACACUGACGAGACUUACCCAAAAGGCAUGGAAAUGUCUUAUACUGAUGACAGUACUGCAGCUCAGAGGUUUACAACAGAGGAGAAGAAAGCAUUGGAUAGAGCACAGUCUGAUGUCUAUUCUGAAAUAAGGAGAGCUGCUGAGGCCCACAGACAGACUAGGAAGUACAUGCAGAAGUACAUAAAACCAGGCAUGAAGAUGAUUGAUAUUUGCGAGCACUUGGAAGAAACAUCAAGGAAACUAAUUGGAGAGAAAGGACUAGAAGCCGGCUUGGCAUUUCCAACUGGGUGCUCACUGAAUCACUGUGCUGCCCACUACACUCCUAAUGGAGGGGACAAUACUGUACUGGGCUAUGAUGAUGUGUGCAAGAUUGACUUUGGAACACACGUCAAUGGGCGUAUCAUUGAUUGUGCAUUUACUGUUGCUUUUAAUCCGAAAUACGAGCCACUUCUGACUGCAGUUAAAGAUGCAACCAAUACCGGUAUUAAAGCAGCAGGUAUAGAUGUGAGACUGUGCGACGUGGGGGAAGCCAUACAGGAAGUAAUGGAGUCUUAUGAGGUUGAGCUGGAAGGGAAAACUUACCGAGUGAAGUCAAUAAGAAACCUGAAUGGUCACUCAAUUGCCCCUUAUAGGAUCCAUGCUGGAAAAACAGUACCCAUAGUAAGAGGCGGUGAAGCAACUAAAAUGGAAGAGGGUGAGUUCUUUGCCAUUGAGACCUUUGGUUCUACUGGCCGAGGGCAGGUCCAUGAUGACAUGGACUGCUCUCACUACAUGAAAAACUUUGAUAUCGGCCAUGUUCCUCUCCGGAUGGCAAGCGCCAAGCAGCUCCUCAACGUCAUCAAUCAGAACUUUUCUACGCUCGCUUUUUGUCGCAGGUGGUUGGAUAGGUUGGGCCAGAGCCGAUAUUUAAUGGCGCUAAAGAAUCUUUGUGAUUCCGGCAUAGUUGACCCUUAUCCUCCAUUGUGUGACGUGAGGGGGUCCUAUACAGCUCAGUAUGAGCACACUAUAUUACUGAGGCCAACUUGUAAGGAGGUCAUCAGCAAAGGGGAUGACUAUUGAUCAUCUAUUAUAAUUAUUAUUUAUAUCAUUUGAUAAUUAUUGUCCUUGUAAUAUAAUUAGCGCUAUUUUGUUGUCAUGCAGAAAGUCACAAUUUAUCUUUAAA